CACGCGAGGCGAUCGGCCGACCGAGUGGCAGACGGAGCUCAGACGGCUUUGGAACCUCGUCACAAGUGUGGUCAUGUUUCUCCAGUAUUACCUGAACCAGCAGGGAGAGCGGGUCUAUACGCUGAAGAAAUUUGACCCCAUGGGGCAACAGACCUGCUCAGCUCAUCCGGCUCGGUUCUCCCCAGAUGACAAAUACUCGCGGCACCGCAUCACCAUCAAGAAACGCUUCAAGGUGCUCAUGACCCAGCAACCGCGUUCUGUCCUCUGAGAGUCACUUGUAUUUCAUGAGGUCUCUUCUGCCGCCUCUUACCAUCUCGGAGACUCCGUAACCAAACUUAAGUCUGGGAGCCAUGAUGCCUUUGGAAUCCAAUCGCAUAUGUUCUCGGUUCAUGCUUGUGUGAGGCAGACAUGGUAGCAUUCCAUAAAGAGUUAAAGGGAAAACUUGUUCCUCAUAAAGGGAACAAGUUUAACUCUUUAAAAAUAUCAUGAAUUUUACCAGGUUAUUAAAUAUAAAAUGAUUAGAAAGA